CAAAUGUAAAAUUGUAAUUGUUUUUAAUAAAGUCAUAGGCUACUAGGGAUAAUGCAUUCACUCUAAUAAUUUUUAAUUACAAGUGUUAUGAUUAGCUAUUAAGUUUUGUGUUUGGGGUGUCACUGCUCGUUCCUGUCGCAGCGUGCGUUUGUUUUGCCUCAGUUCUGUGUGUGACAUUCUAGACGUGAAGUUGUGAACACGUCAGUAAAACUGUUGUACAUCGACUGUCUUUCUUGCGCAGCAAACGCAAGUGCUGCAUCAACAGACUCCUUAGCAGAACGCGAGGAGGACAGAGGGGUACUGUGACGACGAUUUUAGUAAUGUCUCUUGAGAAAUAACAUUAUAAGGUCUCUAAACAUGACUUCGGUGUGGAAGAGACUUCAGCGUGUCGGCAAGAAAGCWUCGAAGUUCCAGUUUGCGGUGACUUUUCAAGAACUGACAGUAGAAUGCACGAAGAAAUGGCAGCCAGACAAACUGAGAGUAGUAUGGAGCAGGAGAAACCGGAGAAAUUGCACCAAGCUGCAUGGGUGGCAGCCUGGCAUCAAGAAUGCCUACAGGGGCACGGUGGUGUGGCAGGUGCCCGAAAACCUGGACAUCACCGUCACACUCUUCAAGGACCCGACUGCAGAUGAAUUUGAAGACAAGGACUGGACAUUCAUCAUUGAGAAUGAGACUAACAAGGGCCACAGGAAGGUGCUGGCGUCGGUGGACGUCAACAUGAAGAAGUUUGCCAGCGCCACGCCUGCCCAGUACGACCUGACGCUGAAGCUCAAGCCCCUGUCUGUGAAGGUGGUGGAAGCCACACUCAAACUGACCUUGACCUGCGUCUUCCUCAAAGAGGGCAAGGCCACAGAUGAGGACAUGCAGAGUCUGGCCAGUCUGAUGAGCCUGAAGCAGAGUGACAUCGGCAACCUGGACGACUUCAACGAUAGUGACGAGGAGGAGGGCGAGAGGAGGGUCAGCAURGGAGCCGGCAUGGGCCCCGCCACUCCRGUCACAGGUAGUGGUCUCGACACAUAUGACAAGUCAUCAGAUCUCGCUUUCCAGGAUCGAGUCAAGACGGAGAAGAARGUGUAUGAGACCGAGACACUCAAAAUGCUCUGGAUCCUGCUUCUGCCACUGUCCCCCAGUCAGCCCUCUCAGACUCAAGUCCCCAAUUCCUCCCUCCCAGUACCAGUCACUGCUCCCCUGUCUGUCCAAGAGACAGAGUUUCAGAGGCAGUUGAGCACUCUGWCAGAGGAGGAAUACAGCACUGCCACAACUCCCAACCACACUGCUGGAAUGAUCAGUAUUGCCAGUCAGAGGCCAGACCCAACAACGUCCACACUUGACCCAUUGGCUAAGCCCUUUGGGACAACAGUCCAUGAGAGAAGGCAGGAGGCAUUCUCAAUGUUUGGAGUGGAGGUUGUCCAGGCAAUGGCAGGGCAGCAGGGGGCAGCAGAGGAGCCAACAACGCCUAAAGGCGGAGCUGUAAACUCUCAGGAAACGGGUCUAGGCAGUGCUGCUUCCCCAGAAGGCCUCAUGGCCAGUCCUGGCCUUGUUACCUCCAGCCAGUCCCUACUGGAGUGGUGUCAGGAAGUCAUCAAAGAACACAAGGGGGUCAAGAUCACCAACUUCAGCACAUCCUGGAGGAACGGCCUGGCCUUCUGUGCCCUGCUACACCACUUCCACCCGGACAGGAUAAACUUUGAGAUGCUGGACCCUUAUGACAUCAAGCGCAACAACAAGAAGGCCUUCGACGGUUUCGCAGAGUUGGGCAUCUCACGGCUGAUAGAGCCCUCGGACAUGGUCCUCCUGGCCGUGCCUGACCGCCUCAUCGUCAUGACCUACCUCAACCAGAUCCGCACCUACUUCACGGGCCAGGAGCUGAGUGUGUUGCACAUCGAGGCGGACAACAGUGAGUCCAGUUACGGCAUGGUCGGGGAGAGCCGGGUGGGCCCCGACCCGGAGGCCGCUGCACGCUACUGUCAACGGAUCCAAGAUGAGGCCCUCACAAUGGAGACCAAUGUGGGCGCUGCAGAGAAGAAGGCGGAUAGUGACACUAAGGAGGGCACCAAUAGGGAAGUGGUCCCACCCCCUAGAACCAAACGCCUGCAGGCUGCAGGGGAAGCAGGAGGGGCCCAAGCCCCCGUCGUACCCCCCAGGACACAUUUUCUAUCUGCCAAGUCUGGGUUCUCCCACCUAAAGGAUGCAGAUCUGAUUAAGAAACGACGGUCACAACGCAGGUCAAUAGUCGAGGCAGACUCAACCGAGGUCAGUGGCCUACGAUCUCUCUCUCUCUUCACUUUCUCUCCCUCUCAUCCCCCCUCGUUGUCUCUCUUUUGUGUGUGUGUGUGGUGUGUGUGUUGUACAGGACAACCAAGCCAGUAUGUGCUGAGGGAGAUGCAGGCCCUAGAGUUUGAACAGAAGCACAUUGACAGCAGGGCAGACAUCGUGGAAAGGAGACUACGGCAACUGAUGGAGUCAGGUAGUGAGAAGAUGCAGGAGGAGAAGCUGAUUCAGGAGUGGUUCACUCUGGUCAACAAGAAGAACGCCCUCAUCAGGAGACAAGACCAACUACAGCUAUUGCAAGAAGAGAAGGACCUGGAAAUGAGGUUUGAGAUGCUGAACCGAGAGCUGAGAGACAUGAUGGCUAUUGAAGAGUGGCAGGAGACAGUGGCCCAUAAACACAGGGAGCAGCUGCUACUGCAGGAGCUGGUGUCUCUGGUCAACCUGAGGGACGAGCUGGUCCACGACAUGGACGCCAAGGAGAAAGGGGCUCUGGAGGAGGACGAGAGGCUGGAGAGAGGCCUGGAGCAGAGACGCAGGAAGUACAGCAAGAAGAGCAAGCAGGAGAAGUGUGCACUGCAGUGAGGCCUGGCGUUGGACACACCUGAACCAGGCAGCCUAGUAGAAGGUCACACCCGAACCAGGCAGCCCAGUGGAAAGUCACACCUGAACCAGGCAGUCCAGUCGAAGGUCACACCCGAACCAGGCAGUCCAAUUGAAGAUCACACCUGANACCAGGCAGCCCAGUGGAAAGUCACACCUGAACCAGGCAGUCCAGUCGAAGGUCACACCCGAACCAGGCAGUCCAAUUGAAGAUCACACCUGAACUAGGCAGCCCAGUGGAAAGUCACACCCGAACCAGGCAGUCCAGUGGAAAGUCACACCUGAACCAGGCAGUCCAGUCGAAGGUCACACCUGAACCAGGCAGUCCAGUGGAAGGUCACACCGGAACCAGGCUGCCCAGUGGAAGGUCACACCUGAACCAGGCAGCCCAGUGGAAGGUCACCUGGAUGCACAUUGGGACUAAAGUUGUAUGUGUGUGGAUCAUGACAUCAACACUGCAUGGAAGAGACUGAGAACUGUGUAAUGGGACUGCACUAGGAGGACAUAAAACAAUGUUCACUCACCCCCUCUCUAUGAUAUGACAGAGCCUCAUUGCAACCUAUGACUGGUUGUCAACAGUCACCCUGCUCUUCAGAUUGUGUUUUGAUUGGAUUUAAAUUGUGUUUUUUUGUGCAUAGUGUGUGUGUACUGUUAGGUUUUAAUUUUGAGUAAAUAACUCAUGGACACUAGA